CAAGCAGUGCUUUACGUCGUGAGGUGCGGACUUCCUGCAUGGCGUGAGGCUUAUACAAGUGUUCAGGCCGGGAUUUCUCUUAUCAAAGAUUGGCAAGAACAGCUACUAUAGCUGUUACAGUGGGCAGCGCUAGCAUACACAACCUACAAGCUGGAAGAAUGGCAGAAGAUAAUUCCACGGGCCUGUGGACUCUCACGACGCAAGUUGCUCACACACUUAAGGAGGCCGCCAUGGAGUCUUACACAGCCGUCUUGGCAAACGGCACUUACGUCUUUCUCAAGGAACUCAUCAUCACCGAGGAAGAAUGUCUUGGCGCAGACUUUGACAUCCCAGAAGGGGACUACUGUAACAGUACCUGGGACCGGAUCUACUGCUGGCCGCCUGUCGCCGCCGGUACCACCGUCUACCUGCCCUGUCCGGAACACAAGGGCUACGACGGCUCGAAGAUCCUGGCGUACCGUACGUGUAACCAGACGGGGCAGUGGCUGUGGGGACCGUGGACUAACUACACCGCCUGUCUCCCGCACAAGCUGCCGCCGGAACCUCCGGUCAAAGAGCUGCCAAUCCUGACCUUCGUUGUUCGUGACAUCUAUUUCUACGGGUCCUGCAUGUCUCUCGCCUUCCUAUUGGCUACCGUCUUCAUCUACUACUACCUGAGGCGACUUUCUAGUAGUGGGCGGAUCACCAUCCACAAGAACCUGGCCAUAUCCUUCCUCCUGUACUACAUUCUGUCCGUGGUGCUGUUUGAACCUUAUAUCAAUACGCCGGAAAACAUAGACGACUCCUACCGACAAGUGCCUGGCCUGUGUGAGUUCCUGGUCGGCGCCUCGCGGUAUUUCUUCACGACGAACGUGUUCUGGAUGUUCGUGGAGGGGCUCCACCUGCACAAGCGGAUCGCCGUGGCCGUGUUCAGCGCCGAGACCAACAUGCUGCUCUACAGCGCCAUCGGCUGGGGUAUCCCGUCACUCCUUGUGGUAGCGUGGUCCGUCGUCAUGGUGAUGUUCCACGCGCAGGCGUGUUGGGACCAGUACAACCAGCUGCCUUACGCCUGGAUCCUGUCCGGUCCCAUCUACCUGGUACUGUUGGUGAACCUUGCUUUCCUGAUCAACAUUAUCAGGAUCCUUGUGCAGAAACUGAAGGAGAAACAAACAGUCGAGAGUCAACAAGUCACGAAAGCGGCGAAGGCCACCCUGAUCCUGUUCCCUCUGUUGGGGGUCCCGCACCUGCUGUUGAUCUACGAUCCGGCAGAUGGCGGUGCUGGACAGUGGAUCUAUCAGAUCUUCAACGCCUUCAUGCAGGCCAUGCAGGGAGUCUUCAUCGCUGUGAUCUACUGUUUCUUUGAUCUGGAAGUUCAGCGCGAGUUCCGCAGGAUCAUCGGCCGCUGGUCCCGCAGACGCUCCAGUACCCUCAGGAGAACCUCCUCGAGUGCAAUGACCCGCCAGUCACAUCGCCCCCUAGCGGUGGACAGGUCCUUCGACAGGUCCAUCAGCUACUCCGGAUCGUUCCGGAUGCACUCCAUGCGCCGCGGCGUGGAUAGCGGCUGUCCGCGCAGCACGACUGACGACUGGUACCCCGGGCACAGCUGCUGCAGCGCGGGGCAGCGCGUGGAAGCGCCCAACAACCUGCGACCAAUCAGCGCUGACAUAUGCUGA